GAAGAAAAGAAAAAAAAAAACACGAGUCGAUAUCUAGUUUAUUUGGGGGGAAAAUAAUAGUAUAAGACAAUGGAAGGGUUUCAGAAAACAAUCAGGACGGCUAUGGUCAACCUUCCUACUGCCGCAGCAUCCAUUAACAAUACCACCGGGUCGGUUUCUGCUUCUUCAUCCGACCCAACUUCUCUUUUGCUCACUCGACCCCCCAGGCGAGCUGUGUCACUGUUAACCUGCUCCAAGCUUUGUGGCGUUUUCUUUGUUGCUGGGAUUGUGGUUGGUUUUAGCUUGAAGCAACGUUUGCGUCGCUGGGCUGCUAGACUUCUCAGGAGAUUAAAAGAUGAUUGAUCUAUUGGAGUUGAUGAUUUCUGAGUUUUUUGGGAAUGUUUAUGAAGCCAAAACAUUUUUGUGUUAAAAUACAUAAUGCUUUAAGAGUUAGGUAUGUGAAUCUUGAAAGGUUGGUUAUUAUAAUGAUAGCUUUGCUUA